GAGUGGUCCAAGUUUCAUUGGUUCACAUCCUAUAGUGGGUUGGUAAAGUGGCCCACUUUGUGUAUCUCUACCUAUAUUCCCCUCCUCAAAUAUUGAAAAAAAAAUAAUAGCUUCUUGUUUCUUGAUACAUUUUCAGUUCUUCUACUUAGUGGUUCUCAACCACUACAAAAGAUUUGAGUAUUAUUUCCUUAAUCUUCAUCCAAACACCUGGCCAUUUUUAUUGUUUGUUUCUAGGGGAAGUUUGUUCAAUAUUACAUUCUACAAGUGGCUCAAAUAUAUAUAAGUUAAGAUGAAGGGCCAAAGGAAUAUCUAUAUUUCUCCUUAUCUGCUCAUUAUUUGAAAUACCAAAAGGCAAAAAAGGAUUCAAGAUACCUCAGUUCCCUUUACCAACAUUUCAAAAUGGCUUCUUGCAACAUGAAAUAUCAGUUCACAUUGGUGUUGUUUUUCAUGUUAUGUGUAUUUGGAAAUUCAGACACAGAAAAGGACAAAGAAGAGUGUACACAAUCAUUGAUUGGUUUAGCAACAUGUUUACCUUAUGUUACAGCUAAUGCACCAGCUCCUACACCAGAUUGCUGCACUGGCUUGAAACAAGUGUUGAAAGCUAGCAAGAAGUGUCUUUGUUUGCUAAUCAAGGACAGAAAUGAUCCUGAUUUAGGGCUUAAUCUCAAUGUUACACUUGCUUUAAGCCUACCCUCUGUUUGUCAAGCCCCUGCUAACAUUUCUCAAUGCCCUGCUCUUCUCCACUUGCCUCCAAAUUCACCAGAUGCUCAAGUGUUCUAUCAAAUAAGUAAUGGUUCAAGUAGCAUUGCUAGCAGUCCACAAGCAAAUAGUCCCAUUCCUUCGGAUGAUGUUGGGCUGCCCUGGGUCAGCGUUCACUAUUAUGCCUACGCCCGUCCAUCCUUUCAAGCUUGACCAUUUCCUUAGACUUGUUAUCUUGUUCGGCUGAACUCGUUACAAUUAACUAAAGAUAUAUUGAUGUGUAAAAAUUUGAAGGAGCUUGACAAUAUUUUUUUUUUUUUUUUUU